AAUGGGUUGCACUACUGCAAAAAUAAAUGAGCCAUUAAGUUAAAGACUUCGGCAUAAAGCUAGUGAAAUUUUUAAGAAACUAGACAUCAAAGGUAAUGGAACCAUUGAUAAGGAAGGAACAGAAUAAUUUUGGUAAGAAUUUAAAUAAUUUACUAAAGGAAGUCUAACUUUGCAAAAUUAAAUACAGAAGCAUUAUUUGAAGCAGUAGAUUUUGAUAAGAGUGGAGAUAUUACAGAAGAAGAGUGGAUGGCAUUUUGGGAAAUUGUAAAAGAAAAUGGGUAUUCAGAGGAAGAAAUAAAUUUAGAAGUAUCAAUUAGAUAAUUAAAGAAAGUUGGAUGAAUUAAUGGAUGGUAAGGCAUGGGUACAAUUCAAAAGAGUAGAUAGAUUUUUAAAAAUAGAUGAAAAGAGAAGAGGUUCAAGAGUCAAAUCAAUUGUGCAGGAAGAAAAGAAGAAGCUUUCUAUCAUCUAACCAGCACGAUUAUAAAAGAGUAAGACUAUGGAAAAUGAGGGACAUGAUAUGCAAUAAGAGAAUUAGCAAGAAUCUUGA